AUGACACAGUCCGCGGUUGUUCACAAUGACUUCGUCAUUCCGCUUAUUGAUUUCUCUCUUUUCUUAAACGGUGCACCUAAAGAGCGAGUUGAGACCGCAAAAGCCAUACUUGAUGGCUUUCGUAAAGCCGGCUUCGUAUAUCUGCGAAACCUUCCCAUGUCGCCAUCUGAGCGCCAGCACGUCUUUGAGACUUCGGCAAAGUUCUUCAGUCUACCUUUGGAAGAGAAAAAACGACUUGCUAUGCCAUCAAUUCAAUCCAAUCGAGGAUAUAAUGCGACCGGACAAGAAAAGCUCAAUGAAGGCCUGCCAGAUAUCAAAGAAAGCCUGCACAUCGGACGGGAAAACGACCCUGAAUAUACCAACAUCUGGCCUUCGGAGGCAGGGCAGCUGAUCGGUUUCAAGAAGACCAUUGGUGAUUUCUACGAUUUCUGUGGCAAUAUUGCCAUUGAGGUAAUGCGUGCUAUUGCCUUGGGGCUCGAAAUCGAUGAAAAGUAUUUCGACAGCUUCAUGUCAUUUGGCGAUCACAAGCUGCGACUUUUGCAUUAUCCGCAUGUCGAAAGGAGCGUUUUCAAGUCCGGUUCUGGGCAGGUUCGAGCGGGAGAACACACUGACUAUGGUGCUGUUACUCUGCUCUUCCAGGAUGGCCGUGGUGGACUUCAGGUCAAGACUCCCGCGGGGGAUUUUGUGAAUGCUUCGCCCAUUGAGAACACGGUGGUGGUAAAUGCCGGUGACCUCCUCGCAAGAUGGAGCAAUGAUGUUAUAAAAUCCACUGUGCAUCGUGUGGUUGAGCCUCCGAUGGUUGAAGGAGAAGUUUAUCCGGCCAGAUAUAGUAUUGCGUUUUUCGCAAACCCGAAUGAGAAAAGCUAUAUUGAUGCUAUCCCUGGUACAUUUGCGACCGAGGCGGAGAAGAAGUACAAGGGCACCACCAGCGGCGAUUAUUAUCUGGAGAGACUAAACGCCACGUACUAA